UAUUUAUUAUCUGUUGUAAGCGUUAUGUAUUGAGAGAAUUUUCCGGACUUUUUACUGUUUCUCGAAGUAAUACAUUUUUCCUGCCUAGACAACAGAAACUUGAAUCAUCUGAUUGUGAGUGAAAAUCGUGAAUUAAACUCAAAAUGGUCGACUACAGCAAAUGGAAGGAUAUAGAAAUAUCCGAUGAUGAAGAUGAGACCCACCCUAACAUCGAUACACCCUCGCUGUUUCGGUGGCGGCACCAAGCACGAAUCGAGCGCAUGGAAGAGCGACGCAAAGAGAGAGAUGAACAUAUUCAAAAAAAGACCGAAAACUUGCGGAUGCUUAACGAAACAAAAAAGAAAAUCAGUGAAGCAAGUCCCGACAGUCCUGAUCUUGAAUCUUUGAAGAAGGCUUUAGCUGAUCUUGAAAAAGAAGAGAAGAGGUUGCAACAAAAAGAAGAUGAACUCAAGAAAAAGGAUCGCCAGACUCCGUGGAACGUGGACACUAUCAGUGAGCCUGGAUUUACUAAAACUGUCAUCAACACCAAGCCCGCGAGGCCCAAAGAUGAGAACUUGACUGAAGAGGAAAAGGAAGCGAAGAUGAAGAAGUUCAUCAAAGAAAAUGAAAAGCUUCUGAAGCAGUUCGGUAUGUUGCGACGCUACGACGACUCGAGACAGUUCCUGCAGGAGCACAGCCAGCUAGUGUGCGAGGAGACUGCCAACUACCUAGUCAUCUGGUGCAUCAACUUAGAAAUGGAAGAGAAACAUGACUUGAUGUCCCAUGUUGCUCACCAAACCAUCUGCAUGCAGUACAUAUUGGAGUUAUCAAAACAAUUGGAUGUGGACCCCAGGGCGUGUGUCAGCUCAUUCUUCUCAAAGAUUCAAAUUGCUGAGAAGACAUACAAAGACUCGUUUGAUGAUGAAUUGGAGCAGUUCAAAGCGAGGAUCAAAAAGCGUGCUGCGGAGAAGAUAAGUGAAGCCAUCAGAGAGCAGGAGGAGGAGGAACGCAAAGCCAGGUUGGGACCUGGAGGGCUGGACCCUGUUGAAGUCUAUGAAGAGCUACCUGAUGAAUUAAAGAAAUGCUUCGAUGCCCAAGAUGUGCCAUUGCUCCAAGCAACAAUUGCUAAAAUGCCAGAGCAAGAAGCCAUAUACUACAUGAAGAGGUGUGUGGACGCUGGACUGUGGGUGCCUGGCAAGACGAGUGAUGAUGAGCCAACCAUGAAGGAAAAUACUCCAAGUUCUUCACAAGCUCCUGCUGAAGCUCCCACCACAUCAGACAGCACAGACGAUGUGGACUGAGACAUAAUCACAGCAUGUUCAUGUUUAGGCUUAAGUUUGCAGAAGUUCCAUGAAGUGCUAAAUCCACAAUUUAGGCAAAUUCAUGGUAUAUGGACAAGUUAGAUUAAGUUAUAUACUAUUCAUUUUGUAUUUUCAAAUUGUAAGUGAUUCAAGACAAUGCAUAAUACUUGUGUUGGUAUCUCAAAGAAUGAAAUGAUUUGUUAAGUGCCACUCUCAUGCUGUUCUGUGCUGUUCAUUUAUUAUUUUGUCAUUUGAUAAGUAUUUUCUUAACAUUUUCACACCAUGAGAUUUUCAAAUACAUGUUAUAUAUCUUAAAAA